AUGGACAGAGGAACAAGGAGUCACGAGUCACUGCUAUCUGUACUAGAACGUGACGAUGCAUCUAACACUAUUGCAUUGACUCCUGGCGAUGAGGACAAUGAUACCCUGUUGAUGGAUCAAGUCGACACCAAACUACCAACUCAUCGUAAAACUGGACUAUUCCUACUAUCACUAUGUGUCGUCGCUUUUGUAGUCCAAUCGGAAGCAGUCCAAUUCCUAUCAACAUCCUUCGGAUCGCCAUACUUUGUGCUAUACUUUGCGCAUGGAUUUUACUCAAUCCUGCUGCCAAUCCAAUAUGCGUAUUGUUACAUGAGCUAUGGAGACUCAAUACACGAUUACAAGGCUAGAAUACAUUCUCUGGCACUUGGUUUGCCAUGGCUGAAACAUUAUGGUGGUGGUAAAGGACAUGGGUCAUCAGUAGUGAUUUCAAGGAGUAUAUUAAAUUUGGCUGUUACGCUGACGCUGUUGUUUACUGUUGGAUCUUAUUCGUGGUAUCUGGCAGUCUCGAGGAUAUCACUGGGAGACCUUACGGCCAUAUACAACACAUCGUGUUUCUGGGCAUAUGCAUUAUCAGUCAUUCUAGGGCGAGAAUCCCUUCACACGAUAAAACUGGCUUCUGUAGGGCUCGCCAUUGCAGGUGUCAUCGUAAUAACAAGAUGGAACUCUGAAACUAAUAAUAGUACCAACGACAAUACCAUAAACGACGAUACGUCACAACAGCAUGGAAUGGGAUACAUCUACGCAAUCUCAUCCUCCAUAUUCGCAGGCAUAUACGAUGUAGUAUACGCAACACUAGCAGUCCCCGAGAAGAAACCAAGCAUGCUGCUAUCCGUGUACAUAACAGGUCUGCUCGGCAUCGUAACGCUCAUACUAGGCCUAAUACCGUUUCCAAUACUGCAUUAUACGCGAUUCGAGAGAUUCGAACUGCCAUCUAUACAUUCUGCAUCUGCCAUGCUGGUCAUAUCUGUGCUGGGAGUGCUGUACAAUGCAUCGUUUAUGUUGAGUUUGGCUAUUACGGGGCCUGUGGUUGCUAGUCUUGGGAUAUUGUUGACUAUACCGUCGACUACCAUUGUUGACGCUGUGUUUAAUGGCAAGGCGGUUGGGGUGGGGACUUUGGUUGGAUCUUUGAUGAUAUUGGUGUCAUAUGUGCUGAUUCAUCGGGAAGACUGUGGUGGUAGUAAUAAGAAUAGUAAGAGCGAUGGGAAUGUGAGAAUGAGGAGUAGUGGGAAUACCAGUAGGAAUAGUGUUGAGGUGAUUGAUGAUGAUGAACGGUGA